AUGAAGGACUUGGGUCUGCCGCUCAAAAUGAAGACGCUGAAAGACACCAUCGACAAGACCACGCCAGCAACUCACACUUCACCAUCUGCCUCGCACGAUAAGCGUCUGGUGGACGAAAUCGGCUUUGAAGCUUUAUAUUACGAAUGGGUGACGUGCAACUCAGUUGAACAAGCUUUAGAAUGGAUAGCAAUCGAAUCAGAUUCGGGAUGGAUUCCAUUUGGCGAGUUGCAGUCAUUCUUGAUUCAGGUACAACUCGAAUCUCAGGCUGAAGACGAUGAAUAUAUCUGGAAUAUUAUCCGUACUUUCGGCGACCCCGAAGCGAGGUGCGGGGGUGCAGCUGGACUAUCCCGACUUCAGUUCAGCGCUUUCCUGAAGAACAUAAAUGAGAAUUCGCUGCUUGAUCCAGCCUACACACGCCAUCACAUGGAUAUGCACCACCCCAUCAACGAGUACUUCAUAAACUCAUCACAUAACACGUAUCUGAUGGGAGACCAAUUGCAAAGUGAGUCAUCGUGCGAGGCGUACAUUAGAGCUUUGAGAGCAGGAUGUCGUUGCAUUGAAUUCGACUGUUGGGAUGGGAAAAAUGGACAACCUGUCAUUUACCACGGAUACACGAUCACAACAAAAAUAUUAUUCGAGGAUGUGGUAAUCGCUGUAGCGGAACAUGCCUUUGAUGCAACGGACUACCCAUUGAUCAUCUCGAUAGAAAAUCACUGCAGUGUAGCGCAACAGCGCUUUAUGGCCGAGACAUUCCACAAGCAUAUGUCACAUCUGUUGCUCAUGGAUACUCUUGAAGAAGAAGGAUCUGAGCCGGGUGAGUACUGUACGCAACUGCCAUCUCCCGAGCAGCUCAAGCGCAAAAUCUUAAUUAAAAACAAGAAGAUUGGGGAUGCGAGUAAAGCUGGGGACAGCCCAGAUAGACGAGCAUCUGAAAAUUGUGAAUCCAUGAGCCUGGACGAUCUUGAAGAUGUUAGUUUCGCCGUCAAGCAGGGCAAGCUGAAACUGUAUACGGGUGAGUAUGUAGGCAAUGAUGUACCUCAAGAUGACUCCCGAGCAUGGCAGGAGUUCUACUUUGUGUUGACUGGAGAAGCCUUGCACUGGGUGGAGACUCCACAAAGCGAAACACCCGGGCAGUUGGAACAAAGCCAAUACACAGGUGAAGGCGAAUUAUCCCAAAUUGAUUCGGUCGUGAGUACCACUGAUGAAGUGCUCGAAGUGUCUAAACUCGACAUCACUGAGACCUUGUCAAUGAGUCCAGUUACCUCUAGAAAAACGCAUGAUGUGCCAUCACUCUCACUGCCCAUUAUCUCAAGUGAAGAUUACGCAUUCGACGGAGAUGAACAAGUUAGUAUAAAUAUGACGAACGAGGUUGCAAACACUAGUUUGGCACCUCCUUUAUCAAAAAGAAGGACGCUCACGACAGUCAUAUCUGCGGGUGUGCUAGAAGACGAGAAGUUUGCGAUAAAGGCGAGCACGUGGUAUGCUAGAACGAAUAGCGUGAGUGUGGACGACUGUGUCGUGUUUGGGUCGGAGUGGACCCGGGAUGCAGCUGAGAUGCUUCUGUUGCGGUGUAUUGCACAUGGGGUAUGGUUGCUGAGAGAAACGCAGCCUGAUGAUAUUGAUGUGGAAGCUGUUGCAGGCGCUGAGAUGAGUGGCGUUGCAGGCUGCAGGCAAAAGAAACGUAUCAUCUUAUCAGUAUACGAUGGGUGUGGCCCCCACCCAAGAUUUCACCAUAUCGCCCUGCAUUUCAGUACCGGCACAAUCUGUAUGAAUUUAACCCCGACAUCUAUAAACUUCGAGCCUACUGCGGCUGAAAUUAGUAUUCCGCUACUACGCUGCGACGACAGUGAAUCAGACGGUUUAACAGCGGUCGAGAUUCAGAGUACAACGCACGAUAAGCCCCUUGCGGGCGCAAGCGAUGAGAAAGCGUCGCACGAUUGGAACACCAAGGAUAACGGAGUUGUAUUCCAAAGUGACGUGACUACUUCGUCAGGGAUAAAUGUAUUAGAUGACGAUAGUUUGGGAAGAGUCAACGUGGGUAACUCAAAUUACGACGGCUUUAAAACAAUCAGAGAGUUGAUUAUGUACUACAGGACGAAUCCUUUGCCAGUGAAUGGAGUGUCUGGAUUAGUGUUGAAAGACACCGUGGCACUGCCGGAUACUCUACCCGAGGAUGAUAAAUUUGUUGCGGCGUCGCGCACUGCAUCUAAGGUAGGUGAGGUAGGUGUUCCGAAGCCAGCCUCAACCCCAACGACACUUGAGAGCGCUCCGGCUAUUCCUAUGACAACGAAUUGGAACCGCCAAAGCCCGCUCAUACUGCCAAACCCGAUUCACGCACCCGUCUCCAAACCUACCUCUACUAUUAAGAACACAACAUCACCGCAUAACACUGAGAAAAUUUCUCGGGAAGGCUCACAGCGAGAGCAUUCCCUUCGCCCGCCAACACCGACACCUAUGACAUCCUCCCCAAGCACUCCUACACCUAAAACUAUAGGCCUUGCAUCAGCCUCAGGGUCUAAUCUGUGUGCUGUCGCAACCUCUGGGUGUGAUUUCGACGAUACUGGAGUCUUGCAAGAAGGCUCGUGCUGUGUGGCCUCUGAUAUUGCAUGUGAUGCCGAUGUACACUCAGCUAUAGAAGUGGUAUGUUGUACCGAGGAUAAGUCAAUGAUUGAACAAACCACUUGGAACUCGCGGAAACAGAAGACUGAGAAUGUACCUGCUGCUGGUAUCACUUUGGGGAUUCAAUCACAGCCUCCGAACUCCCGGUCGUACAAGGCAAGGUCAAUGCCCAUGCCCUCGGUUGCGGAUCCAAUCUCACUUGAGUCGAUUGAUUCAGGUGGCGGAACCUUACCGCAGGAUUGUCUGUCACAGAAGAUUGCUGUGGCACGUUCCACGUCGCACAUAACCAGGAGCGGUACCGGGUCAAGCGCAGUGCUGCCACUAAGAGUGAGGAGGAAUAGUACUAGAGUAGGUGCAGGUCGGAAAAGCAGUAUUUCGGAACAUAGUAAGAGAAGCGACUCUGUAGUGCGUCAGUCCAAGGGCCAGCAGGCGGCCCUAAAGAACGAGCGUGGGGUCAUGUCGCUAUCAGGAUGUCAUGUGAAAUUUGACGAGAGUGAAUCGUGUCCGAAUGUGCUGCGGAUCCAUGGUCCAGUCGAUGCGCUGAAGCUCGCGAAAAUUCCCACCAAACACGUACAGGCAGGUCAUCUCGGAAGCUCCAGUACACCAAUUUUGCAUGGGGUACGUAGCAAUCGUUGCGAUACUUUGAGCACAGAAGGUGUUCAUGUGUGUACCGAAGUUUUGUCACCAAAUCCCCUGGUAGCGACUGUUAUCAACAAGGAUUCACGAGGUGAGAGAUCUGAGCGAUACAGUAGCAGCUGCAGUAAUCUAUUAUCCUCUAACGAAACGACCAUGUACGCCUCGAUGACUUCGCUUACUGAGCAGUGGGAUGAAAUACAUGCUGCGAUUUACAGCCAAGAUGACAAGCGCCACAAAUCCCGUACACGUUCAGAGAAGCGAUCGAGCAUCGACUCGCAGUCAGAAACACGCAAAGCCUCCAGCAGUAGCAGUAUCCUGACCACCACCAGUAGCAAGCCCUUUUCUGGGAACACGCGAGCAGCGUCGAUACCGUCUGCAUCGCAAUUUGCAACAACAAUCACCGUCAGCAGCAGUAAUACGCAGGAUCUGGUUGAGUGGUGUGACGCUGUGAAGAAUAUCGCUGACAGGAGGACGUCGGCUGAGCUGAAGGAAAGAGACGAAAGAAUUGCCAGAGAGGCUGCGUGUGGUAUAGACCAAAUGCUGAGUGAUCUAGUGCGGUACUUCGUGCCUGUCAGAUUCACUACUUUUGAAAAAAGUGCAGCGAUCAAUCGAUGCUACGAGCUAACUUCUUUUCCAGAGCCCCGAGCUAUGACCAUGGCAAAGAAGUCUCCCACGAGCUACGUAGUGUAUAAUGCAAGGCAAGCCUGCCGAAUUUAUCCCGCCGCCCGCAGAGUGGAUUCAUCGAACUACGAUCCAACCUGGUUUUGGGGUGUGGGCUGUUCGAUGGUAUCCCUUAACUUCCAGAAUCCUGACAAACAUAUGCAGCUCAACAAUGGAUUUUUCGUAUCGAAUGGCGGCUGCGGUUACAUUCUGAAGCCCCCUCAACUAAGAUCAAUAAAUAGCACAUUCAAUCCGCUAGACCCUGUUACAUUCCCGGGCAGUGUACGCAAGCUUCAAAUCAAGAUCAUAACGGGGCAACAUCUAAAGCUGACCGCUAAGAAGAGCAAGAAAUCCGCGAAAUUGGGACAAGCCAAGAAGUUGAAGACAAAAGGAAAUGGAGGCUUGUUUGUGUCUGUUGACCUUACUGGCGUACAAGCAGACCAUGUGUGCUUAGGACAGUCGUCAAUACAAUGUAUGUCGUUAAACCUCUCUUCCUGA